AUGUCGUUAAAAAUUCGACUAGCUCUUCACGCUCUGUUGAAGAAAGGUACAUUCGUCCGAGACGAUCCGAAUUAUCGAACGGUGACAGUGAGCACAUUUGAAGGGAAACUGAAACGUGUUUGUCGCACCCUUCGCGACACAUUUUGCUCAUCGAGUUACGAAGAAGUUCUACGAGGAUUUCUUUUGCUUCACAAAGUGAUGCGUGAAGGGAAUUUCAAAGUUUUUUCCUUUUUUUCCGAGACGCGCCUUUGCCAUCCCAAAAAGUUGUCGUCGCAGCCGACACAAACGAUAUUGCCGGAGUACUUUUCAUUCAUCGAGAAGUAUGGGAAGAGUCUUGAGAGUAACAUUUUGUUCCACACCACAUUUGUGUACGUUGGCGGUGAUUUCAGUAUAGCGCCGAUCUUACCAAUAACAGAAACGUUGAAAGAGAAAAUGGACUUAUGUGAACUUGGGAAACGCGUGAUGGAACUCUUUAAAGAGAAUUGUAAGUUACUGUGGGCACUCAGUGAGAUGAAAGGAUUCGACGAAAUGAUCUCUAUGGCAUGCCAACUGAUAUUUAAUGACGUCAUCGGACAAUUUGAGAUCCUCAGAGACUUGUGUAAUGUCUCCCGAUACGAAGAGAAGAUGAAAAUCAAGUUUGAAAGACUCUACGUCGAAGUUAAGAAGGCCCAAAAGUUCGUGUUAGAAAUUGGGGGGAAAUUUAAGAACUCCGCUAUGAAAAUGGACUUGCCAAACACUAAAAAGUGCGAAGAAAUCGUCUACUCAACAGGAAGCAAUGAGGCGAAAAUAUUCUGCGCAAAGUUUGGAAUCGACGAGUCUUCUAUCAAAAAUCUGAGUGAAGUCGAAGACGAUGAAAUCGAAGGAAAGUACUCCCCUUAUGAUAACUGCGCUUUGGUUAUUUGGCCAAAACAAUAA